AUGGCACAUGGCAGCCUAAUGGUCGAAAUGCUGACCAAUCGAGUGGACCGGGAGAGCCAAUUCGCGAACGAACUGUCUCAUCAAUUCCAGCUACGCGAAAGCGGCGAUCAAUUUUUCAAUUUCAACUUUGAGCCUGAUGAACAGUCUGUUAAUAUAGGCGUUUCACUGGACAUCGAUAACGCCAGCGUCGUUGGAGUAAGCUAUUCAUAG